AAUGGCCGCGAGUGGAACCGAGGGCGGGGCGCCUUUCCCCCCAAAGUGAUCGAUUCGCACUUGCACGUGUGGGCUUCUCCCGCAGAGGCUGCAGAUAAAUAUCCUUACUUUCCUGGGCAAGAACCGACUUUACCGGGAGAUGUUGAUUUUCUUCUCCAGUCUAUGGAUGAAGCAGGCGUAGAUGGUGCUCUCAUUGUGCAACCUAUUAAUCACAAGUUCGACCACUCUUUAGUGACGAGCGUCUUAAAAAAAUAUCCAACUAAAUUCGUUGGUUGUUGCCUUGCCAAUCCUGCAGAAGAUGGAAGUGGUAUAGAGAAGUUGGAGCAGCUUGUUUUGAAGGAUGGUUAUAGAGCUGUUCGUUUCAACCCAUAUUUGUGGCCUUCCGGUCAAAAGAUGACCAAUGAAGUUGGAAAGGCAUUAUUCUCUAAAGCAGGAGAGCUUGGGAUACCUGUGGGCUUCAUGUGCAUGAAAGGCCUCAAUCUCCAUAUUUCAGAAAUCGAAGAGCUAUGCAAAGAAUUUCCUUCAACAGUGGUUUUGCUUGAUCAUUUAGCUUUUUGCAAGCCACCACUAAAUGAUGAGGAAAGUCGCACCUUCUCUGAGCUUCUAAGAUUGUCCAGAUACCCUCAGGUGUACGUAAAAUUCAGUGCUCUUUUCAGGGUGUCAAGAAUGCCAUUUCCGUAUCUUGAUUUAUCUGACCUUCUUUCAAAACUUAUUACCCACUUUGGUGCGAACCGAAUAUUAUGGGGCAGUGACUUCCCAUUUGUUGUACCGGAAUGUGGUUAUAAAGGAGCGAAAGAUGCAGUCUCUCUCAUUGCCAAACAAGUGCCUCUAGCGUCUUCUGAGCUGGAAUGGAUCAUGGGCAGAACAGUCAUGAAGCUCUUCCCCAAUGGCUGGCUCUAAACAUUGGGUUUAUGAGAACACUGGACAACAAUAAAUUGAGGCCCGUUGUAAAAAUUAUCAGAGAGAAGGCCAGACGGGUGUUUCAGAUGAGAGGCGUGUAUAGAGUGGCCAGGUGUUGUGUUCCGAGGCUAGGAUUUCGUGGUCUUGAUAGAAGUGUUAAAAGGGUAGUGCUAUGGGGGAGCUGAUGUAUGGUGUCCGAAGAUGGAUCUCUGUUGUGGAGUGGGGUGCCACCACCGCUUUCUUCAACCAUCCUUCUAUGUUGAAGUCGGUUGGUCUUCUAACUCUUGUUUUGUGAAUACUCGCACUCACUUUCGAUUUUGUACAAGUGAUUCUGUCCACCAAAAUAUGUCAUUAAUAGAUGGUUUGCUCAA